UGUUGCAGAUUCCAAGCAUACAUAUACUUUGCUUCUGCUUUUCAAGCAAUCUCAUGUGGAAUUCACUAUCUGGCCUCCGUGUUCAUUGCUGUUACACCAAAAUAUGUCUGCAGACCUCCAGGAAAUGCCAGUCUGAUAUUACUCCAUAAUGACUCUUUCUAUGGGUUCCGUGAAAUGUGGGACCUGUGGACAUCACCAAAUGAUUAUCUUGUUGUCCAGCAGGAAGAUGGGGACAUCUGGGAACUGCAGCAUUGUACCAGGUUUAAACGUGAAAAUAACAUAGAUCUAAUGUACAAGUCUGAUGGAAAUAAGACUCUCUUUUCCUGUACUGAUGGAGAUUUCAUUAUGAUCUUACAAAUCUGGAUAGUAGCAUAGUGACUGAAUGGGAUUUGAUUUGUGACCAUGAAUGGCUCGCUAAAUUAGUUCAACCUACCUUCAUGCUUGGAGUGCUCAUUGGAGCAGUAUUCUUUGGUGACAUUGCAGACAGAGUGGGAAGACGACCAAUAAUGUGGAUCACAAGUUCAUGCCAGUUUUUAUUUGGUGUUGCUGUGGCAUUUACUUUCGACUAUUACAGCUUUAUCAUUGUUCGUUUUUUCCUGGCUACGGUAUCCAGUGGCUACCUCGUAGUAGUGUGUUUGUAUAUGUGACAGAAUAUAUAGGGAUCAAAGCUCGCACUUGGGCCUCUAUGCACAUUCAUGCCUUCUUUGCCAUAGGAGUUAUGAUCGUUGCUUUGGCUGGUUACCUAGUGCGCACUUGGUGGAUAUACCAAAUCAUUCUUUCUGUCACCACCCUACCCUUUCUCCUAUGCUGCUGGAUGCUUCCUGAGACUCCUUUCUGGCUGCAUUCCCAGGGAAAAUACAAAGAGGUAGAAAAGGUCAUUGCCACAAUGGAGAAGUGGAACAGAGUAAAAAGUCCCUGCAAACUCUCUGAGCUGUGUCCGGUAGAGGAAACGAAAAGUGAUAAUGCUGAAGAUGUCCAGUUAUCUAAAACUCAUAAUGUGUUUGACCUAUUUCACAACUGCAGUUUUGCAAGAAGGACCAUUACUGUUUGGCUCAUUUGGUUUACCGGUAGUUUGGGAUACUACGUAUUUGCCCUAAAUUCUGUAAAUCUAGGAGGAAAUGAAUACUUGAAUCUUUUUCUUACAGGUGCUGUGGAAAUUCCCUCCUAUAUAGUUUGUUGCCUGGGCAUGGACAAUCUUGGAAGGAGAAAUACGUUGGCUCCAUUUCUUUUACUAAGCACUGUCAUUUGUGUUGUGAUUAUGCUCAUACCUGAGGUAUAUCUACUGUACAAUCAUAUCCACUUAUACAUACUGUAUAUAUAA